CUUCAAAACAUUUCCCAGAAUAGGUAGAUGCAUCGCACUUGGAAAUGCAGUUUGCCUGAAGCAAUGUUAACAUCACAAAGCUGUUGUUCAGCCGCACUCUCUUCCAUUUGGCAGAUCUCAAUCAUGUGUCGCUGUGACUCAGAUGUGCUGGAAACGCAGCAGCUGCAUCUGAUGUUGCUUCUGAAAUACAUGAGUAUCGUAUAGGCGGAUCUUAGGGAAACCCGUGGGGUCUAAGUAUUGGCAGCCUAGGCUGAUGGUCCCGCUUUCAAUCGUCAUCCUAUCUCAUCAGCCACAAUCUCUGUUUCUCGGUCUUGCUCUUUUUUUCUCUCAACACUUGUCCUUUGUAAGAAAUAUAUACAUUGUCACAUCGCUUACCUUCUAUAUAUAUAUCAAUUAUUGCUAUUGUUGGAAGUCAGUAAACCAAAGAGACCAUGGGUUUUGCCUCGAAAAUCGCAGCCAGUCAGGCAGCUGGAGCCUCCACAGGUGUUUAUGGAGGGGCCCCUCCGUCUGGAUACACGGGCGGCCCGCCUCCAGCCUCUCUGCAACCAGGCAAUCCUGGAGGAUAUCCCGGUCAACAGCAGCAGAGCCAGUAUCAGGCAUACCCGGGCUCAUCUCAGUCCCCAGCCCAGCAGUACAGCCAAGGCCCACCCAGCAGUUCGGGGCAGCCACACAGUCCUUAUCCACCCCAGGGGGCCGCCGCUGGUCCGGGGUAUGGACCAGGUCCCCAGAGUGGGCCUCCUGGUGGCUCUCGACCUGCAACACAGCAUGAGGUGUCAGCCUAUAGACAGCUUUUAAUAAGUACCAUCCAAGAGAAGCAACUUCAACCCAUGUGGCCUCCGGAAAGACUUGAAGCUUUACUCCAGGGACUCGCGAAAGAUGCGCCAGGGAAGAUCGACUACCUUUCGAAAGCAUGGAGAAUGUCCUCAGAGAUUGCUAUGGAUUUCCUCAAACUGUCCCUAUUCGAUAUAAUCCUCUAUAUCGAUGACAGUGGAUCGAUCAUGUUCGAAGAAGAAGGGGCGCGAUUCAAAGACCUUAAGGAGAUACUGUCACUUGUUGCUACCGCCGCAUCUCUGUUCGACCAAGACGGAAUUACCGCACGUUUCAUGAACUCGACGGUGCAGGGAAACAAUAUCAAUAGCAAGGAAGCUGCAGAAGCACUUAUCACCCAAGUGCGCUUCCAGGGAUUAACGCCAAUGGGGACCAGUCUGAGACAUAAAGUUCUGGAACCGCUGGUAAUUGGCCCUGCCAGGAAUGGGCAGCUGAAGAAACCGGUCCUUGUUAUCACCAUUACAGACGGCCAUCCCGCUGGUGAACCCACUAAAACAGUGGUAGACGUUAUUAGCCACACGGUCGAUGAAGUCUCGAGGACACGAUAUGGCCAUGGAGCAGUCUCCUUUGAGUUUGCCCAGGUCGGUUCUGACCUGAAAGCGCGCGAUUUUCUGAGCAAGCUCGACGAGGACCCUAGCAUUGGUGGUCUAAUUGACUGCACAUCGACUCUUGAGGUCGAGCAAGACGAGAUGUCCCGAGCCAAUCCUCCAGUCGAGCUUACCAGAGAAUUAUGGUGCGCCAAAUUGAUGCUGGGAGCGAUUGAUUCCUCGUACGACACCAAGGACGAGAAAAGGGCUGGCACCGGAGGUGCCCCUCCUCCCCCGGCUGGCCAAUAUGGCGGUUAUAACCAGGCGGCAUAUGGCCAAAACCAGGCCUAUCCACCCCAGGGCUACGGGCAACAGCCGUAUGGACAGCCAGCCUACGGACAAGGACAACCACCACCCUCUGGACAGGGUGCAUAUGGUCAACCCCAGACUGCCCCGAGAGGAUACGGUCAACCGUACGGCGGAUAUGCCUCUCCGCCCGCAGGACAAGGCCAGUAUGGACACCCUCCGCCCUAUCCGCCACAGCAGGGAGGAUACGGGCAAGCACCACCUCCCCCGCCAAGAUACUAAGGCGAUGCUGUACAAAUUACUGUACUCCUAUCCUUUCCGCCUUGAAUAGGGUACCUGCCUCUGAGUGCUCCUUCUUCGUCAGCGAGGAUUGGAUUAAUCAGUGACCUUUGGAAAAAGAGAUAGAGGGUGGACCCACUGGUCCACCUUGUCAUACGUCAAUGUCAAUGCAUGUCUUUAAUAUGUACAGAAAUGCGCGAGGUGGAUAAUCUCGCGGCCCUACGGAGUCUCGUCCGUAAGGAUUAUUGUUUUGCGUUCCGAACAUUUUUGAUAAUAAUAGUAUUCUUGAGCAACCAUGGUUUGAGUAA